GUCCAGAGGCGAGGAGGCGAGGAGGCGAGGAGCCAUCAAUCCAUCAUGUAUAGCAGUCGCCCAUGAAAGCCGCCUACAGUCCACGCACGAUCUGUAGGGCGUAAGUGGCGUGUCGAGUCCUGCAACCAACCAACCAACUACCGUGCCGGACCACCCCGGUUCUGAGUCUCUCGUCUCUAUAAUAAUCGUCAUCUCCUUACUCGUCCAUCUCCCUAUCCAUUUACAUUAUUACAUGAAAUAGUACGUAUCCAAGAAAAAAAAGAGGGCUAGCUAGAGAUAGAGCAGAGGACGCCCAUGGAGAGCACCACCACCGAGAAGAAGCCAACAGCCGAUUYCGGCAAGACUAUGUCGGAAUCUCAAGCACCAAGAGAAACGUCCUCUCGCACCACGGGCAGCUUCACCGUGCUGGAUUUCUCCCUAAGGUUCCUACUGUUUGCGUCGACACUUACGGCCGUUGUGGUGAUGGUCACCAGCAAGCAGACCGAGUUCAUCCCAAUCCCACUUCUACCAGUGCCGGCCAGGGUGGCUAAAGCAGCCAAGUUUAACCAUUCUCCCGCCUUUAUAUACUUCGUGGCUGCACUUUCAGUGGCCUGUUUACACGGUCUCAUUUCCACGCUUACAUCCCUGGCAACUAUCUGGAAGCCAUGUCCCUCAAAGAAACUCUUGCUCCACUUGGCCUUUAGUGAUGUGCUAAUGUUGGGGUUGGUGGCUUCGGCCACCGGCACGGCUGGCAGUGUCGCUUACAUUGGGCUUAGGGGAAAUUCUAAUGUGGGGUGGAGUAAGAUCUGUUCCGUCUACGACAAAUUCUGCCGGCACAUUGGGAGUUCUAUUGCAGUCUCUCUAUUUGCUUCCAUUCUACUCGUCUUGCUCGUUAUGCUCUCGACAUACUCCCUUUUCCGCUCCAAGUAAUUAAUCGGAUUCCUGAGCUAUAAAGCUUAAAUUUGUAGCGGGUCUGCAGUAAGAAGUGUUUUCGUGUCGAUCAAGUGUUUGAGUUUAUGUGUGUAUGAUGUAAAAUUAGUGCCUUUGGUAUUGUUGUGAUUUAAUCAUGCAUGUAUUAAUGUUUUUUUUCACUUUUUCUUCUCUUGAUUAAGAUUAAUUGUCGUUGUAUUAGAUGUAAAUUGUUUCUUGUGUAAGUAAUAAUUCAUGAUUCACAGAGUUUUUUUUUUCCUGAA